UCUUGCUCUGUGGUGGAUAGUGGAGUGUUUCCCAUGUGGUAUUGGUGUGCUGGAUAUCCCUUCACUGGUAGCCUGGUAACAUACACUCCCAGGUCUUUCUCUGCCUCUGUGGUGGAUAGUGGAGUGUUUCCCAUGUGGUAUUGGUGUGCUGGAUAUCCCUUCACUGGUAGCCUGGUAACAUACACUCCCAGGUCUUUCUCUGUGGUGGAUAGUGGAGUGUUUCCCAUGUGGUAUUGGUGUGCUGGAUAUCCCUUCACUGGUAGCCUGGUAACAUACACUCCCAGGUCUUUCUCUGUGGUGGAUAGUGGAGUGUUUCCCAUGUGGUAUUGGUGUGCUGGAUAUCCCUUCACUGGUAGCCUGGUAACAUACACUCCCAGGUCUUUCUCUGUGGUGGAUAGUGGAGUGUUUCCCAUGUGGUAUUGGUGUGCUGGAUAUCCCUUCACUGGUAGCCUGGUAACAUACACUCCCAGGUCUUUCUCUGCCUCUGUGGUGGAUAGUGGAGUGUUUCCCAUGUGGUAUUGGUGUGCUGGAUAUCCCUUCACUGGUAGCCUGGUAACAUACACUCCCAGGUCUUUCUCUGCCUCUGUGGUGGAUAGUGGAGUGUUUCCCAUGUGGUAUUGGUGUGCUGGAUAUCCCUUCACUGGUAGCCUGGUAACAUACACUGCCAGGUCUUUCUCUGCCUCUGUGGUGGAUAGUGGAGUGUUUCCCAUGUGUUAUUGGUGUGCUGGAUAUCCCUUCACUGGUAGCCUGGUAACAUACACUCCCAGGUCUUUCUCUGUGGUGGAUAGUGGAGUGUUUCCCAUGUGGUAUUGGUGUGCUGGAUAUCCCUUCACUGGUAGCCUGGUAACAUACACUCCCAGGUCUUUCUCUGCCUCUGUGGUGGAUAGUGGAGUGUUUCCCAUGUGGUAUUGGUGUGCUGGAUAUCCCUUCACUGGUAGCCUGGUAACAUACACUCCCAGGUCUUUCUCUGUGGUGGAUAGUGGAGUGUUUCCCAUGUGGUAUUGGUGUGCUGGAUAUCCCUUCACUGGUAGCCUGGUAACAUACACUCCCAGGUCUUUCUCUGUGGUGGAUAGUGGAGUGUUUCCCAUGUGGUAUUGGUGUGCUGGAUAUCCCUUCACUGGUAGCCUGGUAACAUACACUCCCAGGUCUUUCUCUGUGGUGGAUAGUGGAGUGUUUCCCAUGUGGUAUUGGUGUGCUGGAUAUCCCUUCACUGGUAGCCUGGUAACAUACACUCCCAGGUCUUUCUCUGUGGUGGAUAGUGGAGUGUUUCCCAUGUGGUAUUGGUGUGCUGGAUAUCCCUUCACUGGUAGCCUGGUAACAUACACUCCCAGGUCUUUCUCUGCCUCUGUGGUGGAUAGUGGAGUGUUUCCCAUGUGGUAUUGGUGUGCUGGAUAUCCCUUCACUGGUAGCCUGGUAACAUACACUCCCAGGUCUUUCUCUGCCUCUGUGGUGGAUAGUGGAGUGUUUCCCAUGUGGUAUUGGUGUGCUGGAUAUCCCUUCACUGGUAGCCUGGUAACAUACACUCCCAGGUCUUUCUCUGCCUCUGUGGUGGAUAGUGGAGUGUUUCCCAUGUGGUAUUGGUGUGCUGGAUAUCCCUUCACUGGUAGCCUGGUAACAUAUACUCCACAACUUUCUACUCAUGCUCAUCCCUAUACUGUCCAAACCCCUUAUGCAAGAGUUAACCAGCAUCUUCACUCUUUCAUCCCUCACGCUGGUAAACUCUGGAACAAUCUUCCUUCAUCUGUAUUUCCUCCUGCCUACGACUUGAACUCUUUCAAGAGGAGGGUAUCAGGACACCUCUCCUCCCGAAACUGACCUCUCAUUUUGGACACUCCUUUAACCUCUGUUCGGGAGCAGUGAGUAGCGGGC